AGUACUCAAUUCAUUAGGAAUUGUUCUUCUUUGCCGAGCUCGGAGUCGCCUGUUGAUAGGUGCACCGCUCAGGACUGGGGACUAGGGAUCAUACUGUAUCUAGAAAUUUUAUUGUCGCGACUACGUCUCGCCCUCGCCUUCCAAUCUUCAUCUUCUUCUUUUUCUCACAAGAAUCUCUCCUCUCCUCUCACGAGAGAAUCAGACGUCGUCGCGGGUUUGCCAUUGAACUUGCAGCUAUGGCGACUUCGUUGGAGAUCCGUACCCCAGGCGAAGCUGGUAUGUACUUGUAUUGAUUAACGCCUGCGUUGAUCCCCACCCUCUGUCUUAAGGGCAUCCGCAUAACCCCGCGUCGCACGGAAUUCGUACUGGAUGACACUUUUGCUAAUGGUCUGGUGCUGUAUAUAGUGGCACGAAUUGCAUAUCUGUCCAGCGACGUCAUUGUCUCGGUGCAGGCAGCUCAGUCAAUUGAAUCGGAAUUCUCCUCCCAUUUAAAAAGAUAUGCUGGACGAGGCGAUCAAAGUCUUGUGGCAGCCACCGAAAAUCGUGUGCCUGAAGUUCGUUAGGAAAAUGCCACCCUAAAAUUGUCACAAACUGAUCUUCUGGGCAGAUUCAAACAGUGAGACACAAUGCUGAUCCGCUACUUUCCGUGUUUGCUCCAAUUCGAAAUGGCAAACUCGUUGCAGUCACUACAAGUUCUUCAAUCCUCGUCUCCUCGGUUCCUCAUUUAUAUAGACUCGCAAACCUACCAGUGGUCAUCCACGUCUCUUUGCAGCCCGCCCAAUAUCCAGAUUAUUCUUCAAUUACGUCCAUUCGAAAUUCCGGAUUUACCUUUCUCCAAUCAGAGACUCUGCAGGAGGCACAAGAUAUCGCCUUGACGGCACAUGCCUUGGCUAUCAAAUCAGGAAAGGGUGUAAUACAUUUCUUCAGUGCUGGAACUUCAGCUAAGGACCCUUUUAUCCCUUUCGAAGAUACCCAGGUCGCGGGCCAAGUUCUCAAUUUAGAUGUGGUUAGAAAGUUCCAAGGUAGCAAAAUUGGUGGAACGAGUAUAUAUGCAGAUGAAGGAAGGGUGGUAACCAUUACCGAGACCCAGAGCGCCGAGCCGGGGGCGAUGGAGGGGGUGGAAGCUACAACCCCGUCAAUCCAGCGAAUCACCUCCGAGAUACCAUCAAAAGCAUCUUCUGUGGGCUCGUCGAAAUCAGAUAGAGCGAGCAGUAUUGAGAGCAAGGAGUCGGUCUCUUCUGCAACAACCGUUGAACAAACCACAGUUCGCCCAGCCAACUCGGAUGAUAUCUACAAUUUCGUAUCCAGUAUUUGGGCCGAGCUCAAGCAACACGUUGGACGAGAGUACACACCUUUUCAUUACUCUGGCCCUUCAAAUGCAGAAGAGGCGCUUGUCGUUUUUGGCUCAGAUGUAGGAGCUUUCGCAUCAGUAAUCGAUGCUGCAAAGCCAGGCGAGGUCUAUGCAAAAGUUGGUAUCAUUACGGCUCGAUUAUACAGGCCGUGGCUAGGAACAAAGUUAGUUGCGGCAAUUCCAAAAUCUAUUAAACGAUUGGCAGUUCUUGAACAAAUCCGGAGAAAAACUACCAAAUGGGGACCUUUACUAUUGGAUUUCCUCACUACACUCAAAUCUGGACCUGCAGGCGGAGUCGAGACUAUUGUUGGUCACCAAUUAGGCUAUAUUGCACCAGAUGCUAUUCCACAGGCUUUACGUGGUGUUCUCCAAAAUCUGACGUCGGAAAAGCCAAUUCAAAAUCUUGGAGUAGGGAAAUCAGAAGGUCCUUCAGAAAUGGAGGAUUCGUAUGAUUUAUCACAGCCUAAAGUUGAAUCAGCAUACAUGAAAAUUUUGGACCAGAUUUUUGGGCAGCGAUUAUAUUUGGCUAACGCACUUGAUUCACAAAAUACCGGAAUCUCCGCUUCAAUUUCAUCAAAUCCCGAGUUUGGAUUCGGGUCAUUGGUGGCUAGAAAAGAGAGUCGACAACGAUUAAUUGGCGAAAUACAGACUGCCGUGAACUCAAACUCCUUUGAUCAGGAAGCAAAGGCUUUAUUCACCAAGUGGGGAUCGACUGCUGGGAAUGGAAAUGAAUCGACUGAAGUUGCUGAAGAAGUCAUCGCUUUACUCGAGAAAGAUGGGUCUGCCAAAUCGAAAGAGCUGCUUUCUAACAAAGGAUUAUUCAGAAAGGAAUCUCCUUGGCUCGUGGGAUCAGAUGCUUGGGCAUACGACCUCGGCAACUCUGGUGUUCAUCAUGUUAUCGCGUCUGGAGAGAAUGUAAACAUGCUCAUCAUUGACUCUAGCCCUUACUCUGAGAGAUCAGCGGCAGACGCUGCCAGGCGGAAAAAAGAUAUUGGUCUCUAUGCCAUGAACUAUGGGAACUCAUAUGUUGCAUCCGUUGCUGUUUACAGCUCAUAUACUCAGGUUUUGCAAGCAAUGAUUGAGGCUGACCAAUUCGAUGGUCCCUCAGUUGUCGUAGCAUACCUUCCAUAUUUCAAGGAGAUUGAUUCCCCUCUAACCGUCCUCCAAGAGACGAAGAAGGCCGUGGAUCUUGGUUACUGGCCACUUUACAGAUGGAACCCUCAAAAUGAGUCUCGCGGAGAGCCAAACUUCUCGCUGGAUUCUGAGCGGAUAAAGAAUGAGCUCAAGGCUUUCUUGGCUCGGGACAACCACCUCACGCAGUUGAUGAAGAGACAUCCCGAAUCUUCUUCUAAUUUAGCACAGGAUUACGGAACUGAGGUUCGAGCACUUCAAAAGCGCAACGCCAAAGAUGCUUAUGCUCAACUUCUCGAGGGGCUUUUUGGUGCACCAUUGACCGUUCUCUUUGCUUCCGAUAAUGGGAAUGCUGAGUCGCUGGCCAAGAGACUGGGAAAUCGUGGCAGAGCUCGUGGGCUGAAAACAAUUGUGAUGGCCAUGGAGGACUAUCCAAUCGAGGACCUUCCUACCGAAGAGAAUAUUGUCAUUCUUUCAAGUACAGCAGGCCAGGGUGAGUUUCCUCAAAAUGGACGUGCUUUUUGGGACGCUAUCAAAGACAAUACCGAUUUGGAUCUAUCAAAUGUCAACUUUUCCAUCUUUGCCCUUGGUGACAGCCAUUACUGGCCUCGCAAGGAAGACAAGCACUAUUACAACAAGCCAGGAAAGGACCUUGAUCGCGUUAUGGCAAAUCUUGGCGGGAAGAGAUUAGCAGAAAUUGGUCUCGGUGAUGAUCAGGAUCCUGAUGGUUACCAGACCGGUUACCAGGUCUGGGAACCUAUAGUCUGGGCAGCUCUUGGUGUUGAUAAGGUUGAGGGUCUACCGGAAGAGCCACGUAAGUAUCAAAAUGCCUUCUUCUGAAGUUGAUGAUCACUGAGCUUGUCACUAACGUAUUGCAGCUCCAAUUACCAAUGAGGACAUCAAACUAGCCUCAGACUUUCUACGCGGAACCAUCGAGGAGGGGUUGCAAGACACAACUACGGGUGCCAUCUCCGCAGCCGAUCAGCAAUUGACCAAGUUCCACGGCACCUAUAUGCAAGAUGACCGGGAUCUUCGCGACGAGCGUAAAGCACAAGGUCUUGAGCCAGCAUACUCUUUCAUGAUCCGAUGCAGGCUACCUGGUGGUGUUGCAACCCCAUUGCAGUGGAUUCAGAUGGACGACAUCAGCAACAACUUUGGAAACGAGACCAUGAAGCUGACCACCCGUCAGACUUUUCAAUUCCAUGGAGUUGUCAAGACAAAGCUCAAGUCUGCUAUGAGAGGUAUUAACCAAUCUUUGAUGACAACUAUCGCUGCUUGUGGCGAUGUCAACCGAAAUGUCAUGUGCAGUAGUUUGCCAACCGCUUCCAAAUAUCAUCGCGAAGUUUAUGCUUCCUCGGCGAAGAUAUCAGAUCACUUAUUACCAUCUACAACUGCAUAUCACGAGAUUUGGCUUAAAGAUGAAAACGAUAAGAAGACUCAGGUUGCUGGCGACGCUGUUCAAGAUUUCGAACCUCUCUACGGUCCUACUUAUCUUCCCAGAAAGUUCAAGAUCACAAUUGCCAUUCCACCACAUAACGAUACCGAUGUCUACGCUCAUGAUAUUGGUCUCAUCGCUAUCAAGGGGAAAGAUGGCCACCUUGCUGGUUUCAAUCUCCUCGCUGGUGGUGGUAUGGGUGUUACGCACAACAACAAGAAGACUUAUCCACGUACUGGAAGCACGCUUGGAUUUGUAUCCACUGAUCAAGUUCAUAUUGCUUGUGAAAAGGUCAUGCUUGUUCAGCGUGAUUUUGGCGAUCGUAAGAACCGAAAACAUGCUCGCCUAAAGUACACCAUUGAUGACAUGGGAGUUGACGUGUUCCGAGGUAAGGUUGAAGACUUGUGGGGCCAGAAAUUCGAGAAGCCAAAGGCCUUCAAGUUUCAAAGCAAUAUCGAUACUUUUGGAUGGCAAAAGGAUGAAGUUGGUUUGAACCACUUCACGUUCUUCGUCGAGAAUGGCCGUAUUGAAGAUACUGCUGAUUUCCCCAUGAAGACUGGUCUUCGCGAGAUUGCCAAGGUCCACAAAGGAGAGUUCAGAUUGACGGGUAAUCAACACUUGAUUUUAAGUAAUGUUGAGGAUGCCGACAUGCCGGAAAUGAAGAAGAUGAUGGCCAAGUACAAGCUUGAUAAUUAUCAGUUCUCAGGCCUUCGUCUUUCCUCGUCGGCAUGUGUUGCUUUCCCUACUUGUGGUCUGGCAAUGGCAGAGAGUGAGCGCUAUCUUCCAGUGCUCAUCUCCAAACUGGAGGGAGUUAUUGAAGAGAACGGCAUGAGACAAGAUUCAAUUGUCAUGAGAAUGACGGGUUGCCCCAACGGUUGCGCUCGCCCUUGGUUAGCAGAAGUGGCAUUUGUAGGAAAAGCAUUUGGAGCUUAUAACAUGUAUCUUGGCGGAGGCUACCAUGGUCAACGUCUGAACAAGCUCUAUCGAAGCAGCAUCAAGGAAGAUGAGAUUCUCGACAUCAUGAAGCCGUUAUUGAAGCGGUAUUCGUUGGAGCGUAAUAAGGAUGAGCAUUUUGGGGAUUUCUGCAUUCGGAUUGGUAUGAUUAAGGAGACGACCGAAGGGAAGAAUUUCCAUGACCAUGUAAGUUUUUAGAUCUAUCUCCAUUUUUUGAGCGUGGUUUACUAACGGGUUUUUCUAGGUUGCUGAAGAGGAAUCUGAUGAGGAAUGAUUGAUUGAAUUUGGGAUUUGGGCAUUUUCUUUUCUCUUUCUGUUUUCUACAUGAUAUCGUGGCACGGUAAGCGUAUAUAUUGGCGUUUCGACG